GUGCGCGUGUGCAGGUGCAGUGUGUGGGGGAGAGCAGUGCGUUGGAGUCACGGGCCAGACCGCGGGCAGUGUGUGUCUGUGUGUGUGUGUGUGUGUGUGUGCAGGUGCAGUGUGUGGGGGAGAGCAGUGCGUUGGAGUCACAGGCAGCACAUUUCCCACGAUGCCCUCAUGGCUGAACGUCUUCGCCCUGCUCGGCAGUGCUCUCCUGCCCGUCGGGGCUCAGAAGAGGAGGUGUGCUUACCUGGCCAGUCCCAGCAACGCACUGCAUUUGAAGGAGGCGGGAAACGUGAGUGGGGCGGAGCAGCUGUGUGGCCACACCCCUUGCUGCAUGGGCUACUUUAAACUGGGCUACGGGCCCCCCAUCCCGGACCUGCUAGGGUGCAACGUGGUCCAGAUGGAGUGCCCAGAGUCCUCCUGCUUCUCCUCCCAUCACAUGGAAAACUUUACCAGCUGCGUGUGCAACACUGACUUCUGCAACGCCAAUCUCACCUGGCUGGCCCCGUCCACCCCAAGCCCCUCCCCCUGGGGGGUUAGCAGUAUCUGCAUGGUGGUGGUUCCUCUGGCUCUGUUGCUGAUUCUCUGCAUCUUCAUGUGCCACAGAUCCAUCAGGAAGGGCGUGGCAAAGCCUUCCUAUGGGAGGGUGACAUCACAGUGCUCGUGUCACGGCUUGCAGGGUUCGGACCUUGACCUCGGCUGCAUUGAGCUUCGCCAGAUGGUUGGCCAGGGCCACUUUGCGUCAGUGUGGAGUGGGUACCUGCGGGGGGCGCCGGUGGCGGUGAAGGUGUUCCCUGCCCGCUCCAUGCAGCAGUACCUGAGGGAGAGGACGGUGUACUCGCUGGCCCUGCUGGAUCACGCGGGGGUGCUGCGCUUCCUGGGGGCGGGGACAGCCCCCCAGAGCAGAGACCGCUUCCUGGUGCUGGAGCUCGCCGCACAGGGCUCCCUGAGGUCCUUCCUGAGCCACAGCAGCUGCAGCUGGGCCUGCUCUCUGAGACUGGCUCAGUCCCUGUCCCACGGCCUGGCCUUCCUGCACGCAGACCUCCAGAGAAACGGGACGCACAAGCCCCCGGUGGCUCAUGGGGACCUGAGCAGCAGUAAUGCUGUGGUGCGGGCCGACGGCUCCUGUGCCCUCUGUGAUUUCGGCUGCUCCACCAUCCUGUGCUCCUGUCCCGAACAGCCGGGCUGGCAACAGCACAGAAACAUCUUCCAGGUGGGGAGCGCCCAGGUGGGGACGCUGUGCUACAUGUCCCCGGAGGUGCUGGAGGGGUGUGUGAACCUGGGCAGCAGCCGCUACCUGCUGCAGGGGGACCUUUACUCCCUUGGCCUCCUGCUUUGGGAGGUGUGGACACGCUGCCACGAACUGUACCCAGGAUCCGCCGUGCUGGAGCACCGGCUGCCGUACGAGGAGGUGCUGGGGGUCAGCCCCUCCCUCGGGGAGCUUGUGCACUGGGUGUCCGAGCGGAGGGAGCGCCCUCCCAUCCCCCUGCAGUGGGGGCAGCGCUUCCAGGAGCAGGGCAUUUACACCAUCAGGGAGAUCCUGGAGGACUGCUGGGACCAUGACCCCGAGGCCCGACUGACCGCCCAGGGUGCCGCCGAGCGAUUGGCUACCCUCGCGCCCUGACGGCGUGUGAUUGGUGGUUGACCCCUCUACAGCUGGGGUUGCAGGUGCCCAUGAAGGGAAGCCCUGUUCAUUUUCACAUUUUUCACCGAGCGCCACUUUGGCGACAGACAAACUGUCGGAGCCCUGUCUCUGGAAACGAUGAGGCUGGUCACCUGACCGUUCCCACCACAACACACCUGUACCUGCUCUACAGAUCUCUCUCUAUAACACAGCCAUAUGUCACACUUAUAAUACAGAUCUCUCUCUGUAACACAACCAUAUCUCACACUUAUAAUAUAGAUCUCUCUCUAUAACAGCCAUACUGUAUCUCACACUUAUAAUACAGAUCUCUCUAUAACAGCCAUACUGUAUCUCACACUUAUAAUACAGAUCUCUCUCUAUAACAGCCAUAUGUCACACUUGUAAACACAUGUAUCUGGUCUAUAGAUCUCUCACUCUUUGGUUCCACGGUUCGGUUUUCUUUGUUUUUCAUAUUUAAUUAAAGCGCUUUUGUGAUGACUGGUUAAUUUUUUAUGUUGGGAAAAUCUAAAAUAUGAAUUGUGAUUGGUCAGAAUAAAUGGGCAGCUGGCUUUCCUCC